CUAAGCAGAUCGAAAUGAUGGGUUCAAGAAAUCACAUUAUUAUUCUUCCUUUGUGUUUGGCCUUAAUAGGCGUUUAUGCAAGCGAAGCCGCGGCGGAGAAGCUGAGCCCAUUCUGCGAGGGCCUGCCGGCGGACAAUGUCCCCUUCUGCUCACAAGUUUUGAAGGGCGAAAGCAAGUGGGAGGAAGCGGUGGUGAAGAUGAUAUUGGCGACAAUGGCGAAGGUAAAAGCUCAGCAGUCAAAGGCGGAGACCAUCGGAGAAAAGCUGCCGCCGACGAUCCCCAAAUCGGACAGGGCGGACGUGGCGGAGAAAUGCAAGAGCGGCUACAACUACGCGCUGGACAAUUUGAAGCACUCGCUCAAGCGGAUCCGCCGCGGCGUUUAUGUUAGGACGGACAGCGUGGUUUACACCGCUUGGGCAGGGAUUUACGAGUGCAGCGGCGCCCUCAAACAUUUCAACGUGGAUAUGAACGUUGAGCCUUUCAAGGCUCAAGAUGAGGCGGAGAAGGCGGUGGGGUCUUGCCAUGGAGCGGUUUCCAAAGCCUUGGAUUCAGCAGGCUUAACGGAGUCACCGCAGGAUGAAGCAGACUGAUCCAUUUCACAAUAGCAAGAUAGCAAAUUAUUUAGUCAUUAAAAUGCGAUUGUUGUUGUGGUUUAGUGGUAUGAAGUGACUCUUCUAAAGGGGAGAUGAUGAGUUUAAGAGAUUGAGAAAUUAUAUAUAAACAAAUAUUAUAUUGUAACAGAUCUGGUAGUACUCAGAAAAAUGUAAUCGUGGUCACCCUACCCUAUUACUCCAAUCCCCUUCCCCUUGUACUAUUCUGUAUAAAAUUAGCAUGCAUUUUAUUUCA